AUGGGGGCUGCUGCUUCUUCUGCUGCUGCUCCCCCAAAGGGAGCAGCAGCAGCAGCAGCAGCAGCAGAUAGGAGUACUGCUGCUCCUCCCCCUAGCAGCAGCAGCGCAACAAACGCAAUUAUUCUUGAGGAUGAUUUCUUAGAAACAUUCAGCUGCAGGCCCACCUCGAAGCAGCAGCAGCAGCAGCAGCAGAGGCAGAGGCAGCAGCAGCAGCAGCAGGGGUAUCAACAGCAGCAGAGGCAGCAGCAACAGCAACAGAGACAGCAACAGCAGCAAAGGCAGCAGCAGCAGCAGCAGAGGCAGCAGCAGCAGCAAAGACAGUAUUUAAAUUCUACAAGAGAAGAAGAUGACAGCAGCUACUUAGAUCUACCGCCAGCUAGUCCCCUAGGUUUCCUCCCUGGGAGGAUGCUGGCCUUGGAUUUAGAGCAGCAGCAGCAGCAGCAGCAGCAGCAGCAGGAGCAACAGAAGCAGCAGCAGGAGCAACAGAGGCAGCAGCAGCAGCAACGGCAGCAGCAGGAGGCAAUGAAGCGCUUAUCUCAGCAGCCGCAGCCUCACCAGCAGCAACUGCAGCAACUGCAGCAGCAGCUGCAGGAGCAGCAGCACGAGCAGCAGCAGCAAGCAAAGCUGCUGCUCUCCCGUGUCUCUAAAUUCUCUAAAGCUCUUGCUGCAGCAGGUGCUGCUCCUCUUCCUCCUCCCCCAUGCAAGCAGCAGCAAAUGCAGCUGCUGCAGUGUCUUCAGCAGCAGCAGCAGCAGCAACAGCAGCAGCAGCAGCAGCAGCAGCAGCAGCAGCAGCAGCAGCAGCAGCAAGAGGAUGAGGAAUUAGAGGA